AUGGGUAUUCUAGGCUUAUCUAAGUUAAUUGCAGACAUUGCUCCCCAUGCAAUCAAGGAAAUGGAAAUAAAAAACUACUUCGGACGUAAAAUAGCAAUUGAUGCGUAUAUGAGCUUGUACCAGUUUCUAAUAGCUGUUAGGAGUGAAGGAUCUCAAUUAGUAUCAGUAGAUGGAGAGACAACAUCCCACCUGAUGGGUACAUUCUACCGGACAAUCAGACUGGUGGAGAAUGGCAUCAAACCAGUGUAUGUGUUUGACGGGAAGCCACCAGACAUGAAGUCACACCAGCUUAACAAGAGAGCGGAGAGGAGAGAGGAGGCGGAGAAGGAGUUGCAGAAAGCUACGGAGGCCGGUGACCAGGAGUCUAUAGAGAAGUUCAACCGUCGUCUAGUGAAGGUGACGAAGGUGCACAAUGAGGAAGCGCGGCAGUUACUCAAGCUGAUGGGGGUCCCCGUCGUCGAGGCACCCUGCGAGGCUGAGGCUCAGUGCGCUGCUAUGGUGAAAGCGGGCAAAGUGUUCGCCUCAGCGACUGAAGAUAUGGAUGCUCUAACUUUCGGUACCAAUGUGUUGCUGCGACACCUCACCUUCUCUGAAGCUCGCAAGAUGCCCGUGCAGGAGUUCCACCUAGACGACGUGCUAAAAGGAUUGGAGUUAAACCAGAGAGAGUUUAUAGAUCUCUGCAUCCUCCUAGGAUGCGACUACUGUGGCUCUAUAAAAGGCAUUGGACCGAAGCGAGCCAUAGAAUUGAUACGUCAGCACCGUUCUUUGGAGGAAAUAUUAAAAAAUAUUGACACGAACAAAUACCCGCCGCCUGAUAACUGGGACUUUGAGAGAGCUCGAGAGCUGUUCUUGGAGCCUGAAAUCACUGAUCCUAAGGAUAUUGAGUUAAAAUGGACAGACCCUGAUGAGGAAGGUUUAGUAAAGUUCCUGUGUGGUGACAAGCAAUUUAAUGAGGAGCGAGUGAGAAAUGGCGCUAAGAAACUCAUGAAGGCACGAACUGGUGCCACGCAGGGACGCCUGGACGGAUUCUUUACGAUAUCAACAACACCAAAUCCCAAGCGUAAAGCUGAGGAGGACAAAAAGAAUGCAGCUAAGAAGAAAAAGGCGGGCGCCGGCGGCGGCGGUAGGGGACGUAAACCUAAGUAA